AUGAACGACAGCGUUGGUUUCAUCGUCCGGUGCUUCCCAUGCAACUCCACCUUCCUCGUGGCACCCCUGACGGAGCGCGUGGCCGGAGGGGGUAGCUACCUGCUCCUUGGGGUGCUGUCUUUUCUGGCUAACGGGAUCUUGCUGCUGCUGCUGUGUCGGCACCGGAAGCUGCGGUCCCCCGCCGGCUGGAUUAUGUUCAACAUGGCCGCCAGUGACAGCCUCAGAGCCGUUACAGUCAUCGUCUUCGUCACCCCCAUGGUGUCGCUGAGCUGUUUCCCGUUCACCACCUCUGCGCUGAGGCUGUUCAUGCUGAUGACGUUAACGUGUUUCCUAAAAUCAGUCAUAAGUAUAAUGUUUGUCGCCACUGACCGCUAUUUCGCCGUAUGUCGGCCUCUCCAUUACGUUCGUGUGGUGACAAAAACUAAAGUGAUGGCGUCUGAACUUGGCUCCUGGUUCAUCUCCCUGCUGUACGCGUUGUCCUUCCUUGUUACUGAGACCGGUAAAGACGGCAUCCUGUACGACAUGCAGCGGAAGUCCUACCUCUUCUACAUCUACGUGGUGGUCCCGUGGGUGUCUCUCUUCUGUACUGUGGUCUUGUAUUGCCUCAUGCUCAGAGGUGUCCGUAGGCGUCGGAAGGUGAGCUGCGCUCCGUCGAUGCUCCGCGACCUCCCCCAAUAUCGUCCUCAGGUGAAACUCGCAGUUACCAUGGCGAUAGUAACCGGAAUAUUCCUCCUCAGCAACCUCCCAAUAGUGUGUGUGGGUUCCAUGACUGGCCCAGGCAGGAGUCCGACGUCCGUCGCCUGGCAAACCGCGGGGUUCUUGUUCUACAUCAGCUGCGUGCUCAACCCGGUGGUGUAUGUGGCCACCUUCCGCCCCAUCAGAGAUGCUGCCAGGAAGAUGUGGUGCGGGGAGAGUGACCUGGACGACCUAGCUACCCCCGCCCCCCGGGCCACCUACCUUCGUGGUGGCCAAAGCACAGCACAGCCCCAAUGA